AUGCUCGACGAAAACCUCCCCACCUUCUUUCUCAAGCCCUCGCCCGCUGUCAAGCACGACGAGGCCUACUACUUUGCCCAGCAUGGCUCCGAGCCCGAGCCCAACUACAUAUUAAAACACCCCGACCCCACACUGCCCGCCGGCAAAAACGUCUAUGCCGCAGGCCUUUUCGAUGCCUUCCACCCGGAAAUACUGUACGGCGAGGUCUACAUCAAGCCCGAGUGGACAUAUCCCACCCUUUCAGCCGAGGAGAUCAGGAAGAAUGGCGGUGUCGCCCCGCCUCCCCAGCCCGUGCUUCCGACCGAGUUCGCCAUCAACUUGUAUGACCCGGACCAACAGGUCAUCGUAAAGCAGAAGAGCGGAUCAUGGGGCGGCACCGCGAGCUACGAGUUUAGCAUGCCACAGAACACCUUUCGCUUGCCCAGCUCUUCCACAUUAGACCGUGCCCUGAGCGACCCCACCGCCGACAUCUCAACCCCUAAGAUCAAUUUCGUGUGGAGGAGAGAAGGCAAGCUGUCCAAGGAUCUUUCCUGCUUCAUGACUGGCAAGUCGACGGAUCCAGCAAAGAAGAAGAGAAAGACGAGGGAGCCGGAUAUUGCCGUCGCUUUGUUCCGCGCCCUUCAUGAAGUCACUGUCUACGAAUCCAAUCUCUACCGGGUGGAAAUGGAGGAUCCGAAGGGUCUUGAGAUUGUGCUUCUUCUUGCAGCAUCCACCAUCAAGGCUCUUUAUUUCGGCCAGAUCAAUGAGACUUUCAACGUUGGCGAUGCUGCCACUAGGAGGACCACGGGCGGCAUUCUCGGAAGAAAAAAGUCAUUGCCUCUUGACAAUGCCCUCAUGGCCACUGGAGCUCUGCCAGCUCGCCCUGCUGCCCAGAGCGCUCAGAGCGCCCCUCCACCCGGACCUGCUGCUGCGAAUCUGAGGCCACCUCAGCCCUCCCAGGCGGAUAUCAGGCGUCAGUCCCUCCCGCCUUUACGGACAGGAUCGUACCAGCAACAAGAAGGACCCCAGCCAAACCGGGACCCCCGAGCCCAGUGGGAAGUCGACGCCGAGAAAUCAAGACUCAAACUCGCCCAAGUAGCAGAAGCCCGCGAGCAGCGCCGCGCACAAGAGGCGGCACAGCGCGAACGGGAGCGCCAGAGCGAGGCCGAGCAACGGCGCCUCCGCAAGAUGAGCGAGGCCGAGGAGAAGCAACGGCGCAAGAAGGCGGCCGAAGUCGACAAGGAGACGGAGCGCCUGCGCCGCAAGUACGGCACGCAGGAGAACCUGCUGCCCGCCCAGCAGCGGCACUCGAUCCACGGAAUGCUCGGCCCGUCCCAGAGGCAGUCCGGGCCCUCCAGGCCGACCCCCGCUCCGCAGCGCGGGCCGCCGCCGCCGCAGCCUCAGCCGCAGCGGUUAUCGAACGGCUUGUUCGUCGCGCAGCAGGCCCGUCCGACGCCCCCGCCGAUGAUGGCGCCGCGUCCGCAGCAGCGUCCGCCGCAGCCGAGACCGCAGCAGCCGCCUGGCACUUGGCACAGGCCGGCUGUCAGCCAGAGCGCGUACUUUGGCGGAGGAGGCCAGAUUAAGCCCGAGGAUGGCAAGAAGUUGAAGCAGCCGAAGAAGAGCUUUUUCGGAUUGCGGAGCUCGAGUGAUGAGGGGAAGAAAGCGAAAUUGGCGAAGAAGCAGAGCAGCAUGUGGUAG